UUGACGAGCUUCUUUUGUUUUUUCGUUGGCACUCUAAUAUUAUUUGGCGCGUUUGAUCCAGAAAUUAACAGCUUCCAGUUUGCGCAAAGUCACUACAAAAUAUCUCAAAAGUUACCUGUAAACUUUGCCAAAACAUUUUCGAAAUACUUUUGUAAUACAACUUUAGGUAUUUUUAAACGUUAAUAAUCGAUCAAAUUGAAGACUGGUCUAUCUGUUUUCAAAAGAGGACGAGAGGAAACUAACGCUACUUUUCAGGUCUUGCCCAACUCUCAACAGCGUUACCAUUUUCCAAGAUGGCCGUACUUCUUCAUUGCACAAAGGAAUAACCUCAACCAAAUUCCAAAUACUGGUGACAUCCAGUGGAAGCGGUAGGAACUGGAAACAAGUGCCUAAGAAAUAUCAUUGCCCCAUGAGAAUUUAUUGAACAGACAGCGACCUCAAAAAUAAAUAAUUCUGAAUGGUUAGUCCUCUGGGUUUUGCCUGCUACAUAAGUUCUGUUAUACUCACAGACAUGAUUCAAACAGUUUUAGAAACGUGAGAGGGACACGCGUCCAUGAUGCAUGUUGAUGUACAGUAUACAGGUAAGAUAGUCUAGCGUUAGCUACGCUAGCUAUAUUUUAAGAUAUGUUGUGUUUCUAAUUUUGACAGAAAGUGGUUUAAUUUCAAGCUAAAGUGUAUUGUUAGCUAGCGAGCUAACGUUAUGAUUUGUUUCCAAGAGCCGUUUUCUUUUUUAGUUAGCGCCUUAUGUUAGGCAGUGUUGGAACUUUGUUCAUUGUUGUUUAACUAGCUAACUUUAGCUGGCUGGCUCGUUAGCUAACAUUACUUGACGUGCGUACAACACCCGUAGAAUAUGGCCGGUGUCAGUAAACGUCUGCAAAAAAGCGUAAUGAAAUUCUUGCCAGCUGAGCUGGUUAGGCUGUUUUCAUGUUAUCCAGAGGUAAACAAAUCAUCGGCCAGAGCAUCAAGUGUACACUCUGAGAGCAAAACGAGGUGGGUGGGGCUAAAGCUAAAGCUUAAGGUGCUGAAUGUCUGUAGACAAAGAAGAGCUCUUCACUAGAUACCAAAACAUUAAAAGGCGAUUUUCUCAAUAGUGGGUUUACAAGUUGAUCGACUUUCAAAGCGGAAUUAUUUUCCAUUGUUUCUCAAAUGCAAUGUAUGAUAUACCAUUUUGUAAUCCAAUGUAAAAAAUAAAAUAAAAACACAAUUUCACAUUUUGCUACAUAAGACCAAAUCCAGGUUGUGAGUCACAAAUGCAAUCAUCAAAGAGAGUGAUACCUGUUCUGACUCUGUCAGUCACUCAGUCAGAAUAGAUCAAUUGAAAUGUGUCACGCUGAUGUGACUAAAAUGCCAGGGCUGAAUUUUUGUCCCAGUCCGCCCCUGGUUAUAGAUUACUUUUUUAGCACUGGAAAUCUGAUUAAAAUCAUAACAUUUUUGGAUUAAACACAUAAUCAUAUCACACUGUACACUUGCGACCGCCACUCCCCUCCCAGUUAUCUCUGGCAAGUGCCGUGGCUGGUCUCACUGUCGAAUCAGAGGUACGCAGCACUGAACGUUUAGGAGGCUACCAUGGACGUUCGUCGGAUCCAUAAAUGGACUGUGCACUGCUCGCAACAUCACCAGGUCUAAUGUGUCCUUCCCAAGCGACACCAUCGAAAGAAUGCGGCUGCUUACUUAUACAACUUUGUUCUGGUUUAUCCUCAAAGCAGGGCUGGCACUGCAGAUCCAGUGUUAUCAGUGUGAAGAGGUCACUCACAAUGACUGCUCCACACCCGAGUUCAUCGUCAACUGCACUGUCAACGUGCAGGACAUGUGUCAGAAGGAGGUACUGGUGAAGGAAGACGGAAAACACUACCGCAAGUCCUGCGCCUCGUCUGGUGCCUGCCUCAUCGCCUCCUCUGGCUACCAGCAGUUCUGCACGGGGAAACUCAACUCAGUGUGCAUCAGCUGCUGCAACACACCCCUCUGUAAUGGACCGCGUCAGAAGAAACAGAGUUCCAGAAAAAGAGUUCCCUCUGCUGCCUCGUCUCUAAUCCCACCACACAGCCUCACCCUCAUUUUUAUUCCCUUCCUCCUGCACCCAUCCUCCAUAUUAUGCUGACAGAUCCUAUGAUUGGCUGGUUUGGUCUCAUCAAGACUGUGGUCCAGCUUUUGGACUCAGCCUGUGUUUCAGUGAAAGGUUUCCCAGCCCGUAUGGUGUCCAUAUCUUUAAUGGAUGUGUGACACUGUCCUAAUAUGGACACCAUAUUUAGAAAAUGUCCUAAUAUGGACAGUAACUUGAGGUCUAAAGACAUUGACUGAAAUGAGGUAUUGAUCCUGACAAAUAUGUUUAUCGAGUGAGUCAGGUGCACCACAUGUUUGAUAGACAAUAGGCAGGUUAACCAAUGACCCAAGUUUAUUUGACAAAAGCAAGCUAUGUGUAAUGGAAACGGAAGAUAUAGAUCAACAUCAUUUUUAUCCAUUUGACAGGGGUGGAUUUUACUUUUGCUGAACUUUCCUUAUUGCUACAAUGAUGAUGGAAACACUGUUUUUUUUUAAAUAAAUGCUGAUUGCCAAAUAAUUUUGAAGGUACCAGUCAAAAGUUUGGACAGACCUACUCAUUCCAGGAUUUUUCUUUAUUUUUACUAUUUUCUACAUUGUAG